UGUUCAAAACUGUCACCUCUUCCAGGUCUUCCCUCCUCUCAAAUUGCCCCUGCACAUAUCCCCAUAUCUCUUUUACUGUUUUUUUUUUUUCUUUUUUUUGUAGUUGUUUGUUUCUUUGGCCGCGCCAUGCAGGUUGCGGGAUCUUAGUUCCCAGACUAGGGAUCGAACCCCGGCCCCUUGCAAUGGAAGCCGGGAGUCUUAACCACUGGACACCUAGGGAAUUCCCCUCUGUCUUUUACUAAAAGUACCUUUUAUCUUUAGUACCUUAGGGCUGUCUAAUACACUCAAUUAAUUCUAAGUUUAUUUGGUCCUUGCUCACCAGGGCAGGGAUUUUUGUGUUUUGUUCUCAACUGUAUUCCCAGCGCGUAGAACUGAGGCCAGCACACAGUUAGCACUCAGAGAAUGCUUGCUGAAUGAAUGGACGAGACACACUGACCCGCAGGGCGCCUGGAACUCAGUGGGGAGGCCAGAGCUGGAUUCUAUUGGCGUAUCUCCAGCCUCGGGACAGGGAAAGGGAUGGAGGCGGGCGUGUGUAGACCCUGAUCUACGCAGGUGUACACCUGUGCAUUCCCGCGUGGGACCACAUAGGUAUGGCCCAGCUUGAGAGUCGGGGGUCGAGCCUGCGUUCCGGGGCCCCCUCCUUCCCGUUCAUCCUCUGCCUGCAGGUCCGCCAUGUCGGCACCCCGGCUGCUCACGAUGCAGCUGCUGCUCUUGCUGGACGCUUGGUGGGCGCGCGCAGCCGCCCCGCGCUGCACCUACACCUUCGUGCUGCCCCCGCAGAAGUUCACAGGCGCCGUGUGCUGGAGCGGGCCGGCGGCUCCGCGCCCAACUCCGGAGGCCGUGAACGCCAGCGACGUGGCGGCACUGCGCGUGCGAGUGGGCCGCCACGAGGAGCUGCUGCGCGAACUUCAGCGGCUGGCGACGGCCGACGGCGCUGUAGCCGGCGAGGUGCGUGCGCUGCGCAAGGAGAGCCGUGGCCUGAGCGCGCGCCUGGGCCAGCUGCGCGCGCAGCUGCAGCACGAGGCGGGACCGGGGGCGGGGCUAGGCCUGGGGGCGGAGCCUGCCGCCGCGCUGGCGCUGCUUGGGGAGCGUGUGCUGAACGCCUCGGCCGAGGCGCAGCGCGCCGCCGCCCGCUUCCACCAGCUGGACGUCAAGUUCCGCGAGCUGGCACAGCUGGUCAGCCAGCAGAGUGGCCUCAUCUCCCGCCUGGAACGCCUGUGCCCGGGGAGUGCGGGCGGGCAGCAGCAGGUCCUGCCACCGCCCCUGGUGCCUGUGGUUCCAGUCAGUCUGGUAGGUGGCACCAAUGACACCAGCAGGAGGAUGAACUCAGCCCCAGAAUCCCAGAGAGACCAGACCCUGAGACAGCAGGGGCCCUUGGCCUCUCCUGUGCCCUCAGGGCACCCUGCUGUCCCUACCAAGCCAGCAGGCCCAUGGCGGGAUUGUGCAGAGGCCCGCCAGGCAGGCCAUGGACAGAGCGGAGUGUAUGAGCUACGAGUGGGCCGUCAUGUGUUGUCAGCAUGGUGUGAGCAACAGCUGGAAGGUGGAGGCUGGACUGUGAUCCAGAGGCGGCAAGAUGGCUCCGUCAACUUCUUCACUACCUGGCAGCACUACAAGGUGGGCUUUGGGCAGCCUGAUGGGGAAUACUGGCUGGGCCUUGAACCUGUGCAUCAGCUGACCAGCCAUGGGGACCAUGAGCUACUGGUGCUCCUCGAGGACUGGGGAGGCCGCGGGGCACGUGCCCACUAUGAUGGUUUUUCCCUGGAGCCUGAGAGUGACCACUACCGCCUACGGCUUGGCCAUUACCACGGAGAUGCUGGAGACUCUCUAUCCUGGCACAAUGACAAGCCUUUCAGCACCGUGGAUAGGGACCGAGACUCCUAUUCUGGUAACUGCGCCCUGUACCAGCGGGGAGGCUGGUGGUACCAUGCCUGUGCCCACUCCAACCUCAAUGGUGUGUGGCAUCGUGGUGGCCACUACCGUAGCCGUUACCAGGACGGCGUUUACUGGGCCGAGUUUCGUGGUGGGGCUUACUCUCUCAAGAAGGUUGCCAUGCUGAUCAGGCCCCUGAGGCUGUGACCAUCUGUUCAUCUGUCCCCCAGGUCACAGGGGAUGUGUGUCCGCAGGAGCCCAAGUUGUCCUGGCCACACCUCCUUUGUGACUCAGUGUGGGCCGCGUCCCACAGACCUCUUCUCGUUGUGGAUCUGCUCCCCAGGACCCUGAAAACAGCACCCAGGAAUCCCCCUGCCAGCAUCUUGGACCCAGAUGGCUCCCCAAGGGCAUUUAGAUCUCCAUUUGAGCUCGUAUUUUAUAACAACACAAAAUAUGCACA